AUGGGUACAGGGAAGAAAAAAAUAGAGAUCGAAAAAAUAAUGAAGGAAACAUCUAGAAUGGUGACAUUUUCGAAAAGACGAAAAGGACUUUUUAAAAAAGCUAAAGAACUUGAAUCCAUGACAGGUUCUCGUGUUGCGUCGGUUGUUUUUUCACCAACCGGAAGGCCUUAUACUUGUGGAGACGUUAAUUUCGCUAUACAACAACAUUUUUCUAGUAUUCGAUGUAUGGAAUUAUUAAUUUCAGGUCCUAAUUAUGAUUUUGAUUCUGAUUCUGGGUUGAAAUUAUUAUCGAACUCGAACAGCAGUGGUCUCCGCCGUUGGGUGGAGGGUAUAGAUGUCGAACAAUAUCAAAAUUUGAAUUAUUUGUUAAUGCUGAAGCAACAAUUGGAAGGAACGAGAGAAAAAAUCGGUUCCAUUGAACAGCUUGAGUUAUUUGAAGCUUUGUUUGUUUAA